CGGACUGGCCAUGUGACGGGAGGGAGGGGCUUCGCCGGCUGCGGAUUGGAUGUUUCCCCUGUUAGCAGCGAGGCAGGUGAUGUGUUGGCCACAUGGGUAACAGGACAAGCGCUUGUGUGUGGGGGAAGCAGAGGUUGCUGUCGGCUCUAUGUGCCGGGGGAAACGGAGCACUUCACGUCCCAUUGGGUUGUGCAGGACGGAGCAGCUGAGAUCCGAUCCCUUCAUUCUUGGUACUUGACUUUGCUAAUGCUUGACUUUGCUAAUGUAUUUGACUUUCUAUAACAGACACCGUUUCAAAAUUCAGGAUGGCCCAGCUGUAUGUUUGCCACUGCUUUCAGAGAUACAGAAUACAUUGAUUAUUGACAGCUUGGUUGGUUACGGAAUCUCCACAGUUUGUUUCCACAAAUGAAGCCCCCUACUGAGUAGAUCGUCAUCCACUAAGAAUGGCCCCCAUUGUACAGGAGAUGAGGGGAAGCCCAAGUAAUGGCUUGAGUGGGGAACAAGCAGAGUUCAUGGCAUGGAGCGGCCUGGCUGCUGUGUCAACCAUCAUCUUCAUAUCCAUUCUACUUUUCCUUUGUUCCAGCUGUUACAGGGAAAAGAAAAAGAAACAUCAGAAUGGGGACCAUGAGAAUCUGAUGACAGCGCCGUCUGAUAAGGAAACCUACAGCCACUCCGUUACAAGCCUGGGGACUGAGGCAGCGACGAGUAGUUACAGAAAUGGUGCAGUGAGUAAUGGCAAUGUUUCAGAAGACAGCAGUGCUGCCUGUAUUCAGCCAUAUGAAGAUGUCCAGGGCUCUCUCCCUGACCUAUGUGACCUUCACGACUGCACAGGGAAAUCAACAAGGUGCCACCAAAGCCGAGAGCUGCCUAGAAUCCCCCCUAACAGUAACCUAGAGACCAUGCUCCCAGCACAAGGCGAUGACAAUGAUAUACCUCUUGGGAAUGAAGAGACAUAUGAGUUGUUGAAGGAGAGCUCCUCUCAUGAGAACAUUAUUGAGGAUUCUCUGUAUGAAACUGUAAAAGAAAUAAAGGCUGUUAAUGCGCUGACCCAUAAAGAAGAAAGAGAUAGAUCAUUGGAUGUUGUUGACCACCCUGUAAGUCCUAAGAAACUAGAAUUUAAAAUAGAGGCUGGAGCAGAAUACGCUUCUGUGGAUCACAACAGGAAAAGCCGACACAGCAUCAACACGCAAAGUGCCGACAGCACCCCAACUUCCCAAGAAGAGGACAUUCCUCCUCCACUGCCCAAGAAACUAUUAGAUGAAAAUGUGCAAAGCAAGGAAACAGAAGCAGCACCAGGAGCCUCAGAGGAAAAUCUAGCGGGAGCUUGUCAUGAUGAUAAAAGACAAAGUUCUGUAUCCUACAAAUCUCGAGAAGAAGAUCCAUGUCUUACAGAAGAGGAUAUUUCAGCCAUGUAUUCUACAGUGUCUAAAACUGGACAGUCCUUCGACCUUCAGGAGGAAUUCUCCCACUAUGCUCACAUUCAGGACACAUCCCCAAGCACUUGCAACGGUAUUUAUUCCACUGAUAGAGACCUGGAUAAAAGCCCGGAUAUCACGGCCGGGCCCCAUGAAAUGGACAAAGUAAACGGAGGGCCUGAUCCAGAAUACGAAGCCAUUGCUCAUAUGAGCAGAGAAGAGGAGAGGACUAUGUUAUACCCCAAUGCUGGACAAGCAGCUCAUGGAGAGAGUGACUAUCAAAGUAUUGGGGAAUUGCUACAAAACAGGGAUUUCACAAGGCUUUAAGUGGGGGGGGGUUACAUUUUUUCUCUUCCAGCUUGAAUAGCACAUGUCUGUGAUGAUGGAGCCUUUUGUACUGUUUCUCAUUGCAGAGUGAGGACAUGGAGAAAGCACUCAUCUUCUUACUGCUGCCUUCCACGCCCACAAAGAGGCCUUUUCAUAUCAGCCUUAAAGAACACGGCAUUAAACACAAUAUGAAUGAUUGCCAAAUGGGAACUGAUCUUGAAUUCAGGCAGCUUCUAGGUAGUUUUUUUUUAUUUAUUUUUUUUUAAAUAACUCUUCAGUAAAUGACACAUUCUGCAGCUGUACUGUGUGUAUACAAAUAAUCAACAGUAUUGAUAAUUAUACCGAGGAAUCAAGCUAAUGUUCCCAGCAGGAUUAAAUGUACAUUAUGUAGAAUACCAUUGGAUAUGCCACAAAGUGUUUUUUUUCCUGAAAAGCAAGUUGUAUAGCAGUGACUGCAAUGGCUGCAUUGUAAAAAUGAAUUAUGCAAUAGAUUUACUCUGGAGACUGAUGCCACAGUAAAUGGGAUCAAUUCA